UGCCCGAAGCACAUUCGUGACUUGAUCUAAAAGAAAAAGGGAAUUUCCCUUUUCCUUUUUUUUUAUUUUAUUUUUUUUUUUACUUGGGAACAAAAAUGAACAGCCGGAGAUAUUGGAUUUCUUGCAGCAUUGUUUCGCUCUGCCUGUUUGCCACCACGUCAAUAGCUCAAACGAUCGAGAACACGACACUGCCUGUUUCAAUUCCCGUGUCACUUGUGUCUGAAAUAAAACGAGAAAAUGAAGGAGCUGCGGAGAAUCUCGAGUUUAUUGAAAAAAAAAAUGCUGAGCUUGCAAGUACAAAAUCUUUAUUGUCAAUUACGGAAAAAACUACGACGAUUAUCACCAGUGCAAGACCAAAACUCCUGGAAAAGAUAGUACAAAGUACGGAAAUAAAUAAUCCACCUGAAAUUAUUUCAACAACUAAAACUGCUGAUGUACCUGGUCACAAAGUCAAUAACGAGGAUGAAUGCGAGAUAUAUGUUGGAAAAACGUGUGCAGAGUUUGUAGGAAAUCAGUCGGUUCAUAUUCCAUAUCCAGCGACACAAAAAAUGUUGGAAGAAAAACUUGUCCAGGCAUUUGGAGUAAUUAAUUAUUCAAAAGAUAUUUCACCUAAUUGCGCAGUCUACGCAAAGCCGUCGCUGUGCUACUCGACAUUUCCAAUUUGUCGUGAUCGUCCUUUAACGAGAGCUAAAACAAAAACGUCAAACUUAAGCUUACAACUAUUUAAUUCAUUGAAUUCAAAUGACCAAGCGGAUCCGCUCGACGACGAAAAUGAGGGCAGUGAUGAAAUUUUAACAGUUCCUGGUAAAAUUCGCAGGAAACGAAGUGGAUUAAACCGUCGAUCAUCAUGGAAUCAAGAGAAAAGUGGUAAAAUAAUAGGUCAAAGAUACGGAGAACCAAAGUCUGCGAGGAAGGAUUUGUUGAAUAAAAAAUUACGGCAAAUAUGCCGUGAAGAUUGUGAGAUUUUAGAGAAUGAAUUGUGUAGAAAAGAAUAUGCUAUUGCUAAACGACAUCCUCUGCUUCAGCAAUUAAGAUUGCCCGAGUGUUCAGAUUUACCGGUGCAAGGAACUAAAGAAGCCAUUGAUUGUCUGUCGCUUGAUGUACCAAGUAUACAAAACGCCGAGGAAGACGUGAACUGUUAUUGGGGUAACGGUAUUACUUACAAUGGAACUGUCAACUACAGUAUAUACAACCGUCCCUGCUUAAAAUGGCUGCAUCAGUUUAAUCUUCAGAUCUCCGAGUAUCCAGAGUUACGUGGACGGCACUCGUACUGUCGAAAUCCCGGUGGCAAGGAAGCACAGCCCUGGUGUUACGUCGAUGUCAAUAAUAAAAUGCAGAAAGAACCAUGUAGGAUAAUGAAAUGCGUUGAUAAGAUUUGGAUUUAUGUGACAAUUAGUUUUGUACUAUCAGCAGGAUUUAUCUUUACACUCGCUUGUUAUUGCUGUUGUUAUCGGAACAGAAAAUCCCGACGGCGACCCUCAAAUACUUUACCUUGCGGCAAAAUGAUGACUGGAGUGCAGUGCGAUAAAAAUAUUUAUGACGGCAGACGCAGUACAACACAACCCAUUGAAAUGACAUCUUUAUUGACAUCUGGAGGUGCCACUACUCCCGGUACUGGAACUCUCAACAGCGUAUCUAGCAGUAGAUCGUCAGCUACGCGAUGUGUGCCCCAGUACUCAUUGGAAAACGUAUCUUUGCUUCAAGAGUUAGGUGAGGGAGCAUUCGGCAAAGUAUACAAGGGAGAAUUGUUGCCGGUACCUGGUACAAAACUUCAAGAGCCUGUUUACGUUGCAGUAAAGACGUUGAAAGAAAAUGCGACACCUAAAACGCAGAGUGAUUUCAAACGAGAAGUCGAUCUUAUGACUGAUUUACGACAUCCCAAUAUUAUUUGCCUUCUAGGAGUGAUUUUAAAAGGCGAGCCAAUGUGCAUGUUGUUUGAAUACAUGACUCAAGGUGAUUUGCACGAAUUUCUUAUCCACCAUUCACCCCGAUCCGAUGCUCCGAUCAACAAUGAAGGAAAAAUUCUCGAACAACCAGAAUUCCUCCACAUAGCUCUCCAGAUUGCCUCGGGAAUGGAAUAUCUAGCAAGUCAUCAUUACGUCCAUCGUGAUCUUGCCGCGAGAAAUUGUCUUGUCGGUGAAAAUUUAACUGUUAAAAUAUCCGACUUUGGAUUAUCUCGAGACAUAUAUAGCAGCGAUUACUACAGAGUUCAAUCAAAAAGCUUAUUACCAGUUCGAUGGAUGCCGCCGGAGUCUAUUCUCUACGGAAAAUUUACUACCGAGUCAGAUGUAUGGAGUUUCGGGGUAGUCCUAUGGGAAAUUUAUAGUUACGGUCUUCAGCCUUACUACGGCUAUAAUAAUCAAGAAGUCAUUGACAUGAUUCGUUCACGACAGUUAUUACCCUGUCCUGAGGACUGUCCCACAAUGAUAUACAGUCUUAUGAUUGAGUGUUGGCACGAAGUUGCAAAUCGUCGCCCGCAAUUUCCGGAGAUUCACCAUCGACUGCACAAUUGGUACGUCAAUCAGACUUACCUGACCAACCAACAGAAGACCACCAGCGCCAGCGGGGGUAGCAAAGUCGGUUCUCCCGCACUAUUAGCUCACGAUUCACUUGCUCGUAAAGAUAAUUUCAGGAGCAGCUCGGAAAUAGUGUCCGUAAGGAAGACUGAAAGUCAAGGCAGUGUUAGUAAUUUAAAUUCAACAAUUAACAAUGAUGAUAAAUCUUGUUAUUCCCCAAAACUAAGUGGAGCAAAAAGAGUUUUACCCGUCAGCCCGCCGCAUCAAGUCGGCAGGAGCUCACCGGUUGCCAAGAAUGCCCAAAAUGGAGCACAAACGGUCGUGAGACUCGCGGAUCCAACAAAAGUUGGUACUGAAACUCGACUUACUAAGUGAAUUAUUUAUUUAUUUUAUUUAUUAAUUAAUUAAUUAAAUAACUAAGUGGUCUAAAAACAAUUUUAAGAUAAUAUUUAUGAUGUUUUUUGAUACUCAGAGCUGCUGAGUAAUGACUGAAUUUAUAAAUAUUGUAUUUCGUAUUAUUUACUUGUAUACAAUGUCACAUGUAGGAUUGAUCUCCUAGCAAUAAUUGUCAACGUCCUAAGUAUUAAAAAAAAUAUUAGCUCACUGCGAUGUCUGUUAUCGCAAACCAUUUCUUAACCAAAUGGAUACAAUAAUUGUAUGUGUUCUUUAAAUUUAAAUUUGAAUUAAAAUUUAAAUUUUAAAAAUGAGGAUAAAAAAAAACUACAACAGCAAGACAUUAUUUGUAAUGUACGAUGUAUUUAAAAUAAAUACUUAUGUCUAGGUAAAGAUCUAAGUGUGUUGAGUGUUGUAAAAGUUUUUCAAUUGCUCAGGACCUACGGAGCAAUGGAAGCAAAAAUAAAUUAAGUAUUUUACCGGCCUGCGCACCCAAUGCGGUGGAUAAGGAAUUUUAUAUUAUUAACGAUGUACUUAAAAGUUCAGUACCUAGAAUUAGUCAGCGGUAAUUCUUAUCCAUUAUAAUGAAUAACUGGAUUUAACUUUAUUUUAAAUUAUUUUUUUUAUCGGAAAAAAUUUGAGGAAUAAAAGACGAAGAGGAAGUAAUUAAUUUACAUGAUUAAUUAUGAAUAAAAAAAUUAAUUUUCUUUUUAAAUUUAAAUGACGAGUACAGGAACUGAUGAAUUAAAAUUUAUUGUUUUUAUUUAUUAUUGAUUGAUGUUCGGUAACUCGUCAUAUAUACAAAGCCAUCAUUUACUGAUAUUUAUAUUUAUA